ACACAUUCACACGGCCCGUCCGAAUUCUUCCAAAAGCUAAUACUCCGUAGAUUCUUCGGGUCGGCCCACCAGGCACCACCGCACCAGCACCUCCCGCGAUUAAGCCCAGCUCGUCGACGGCCAGCCACCGUUGCUGACGACGACGGACACAGUUCCGAGCCUCCGAGGUAGUGGUCCGCGACCAAACCGCUCCCCAUCCUGCCGCCGGCGGCCGACCCGGAUGGCGAGCCCGAGGGAGCGAAGGCUCCCGCCCUCACCGGCGUUCCGGAUGGAGAACCCCUUCAGCCUGAAGGUUCUCCAGGUCUUCACUGGCGCCGGCGUCGGCUGCGGCGUUGGAGUCGGCGUCGGCCGCCCCAUCUACCUAGGUAUGAUACCGGGCCUUCAGCAAGUUAUGAGUGCCACAAGAGGUGCAACCGAUUCUUUUUCUGGUGUCACGAGACAUAUUAAUUCUGCUCUAAGGAAGGUGGGGUUAAAGAACAUUGAAGCAGGUAUUGGUUGUGGAGUUGGUAUAGGACAUGGUUUUGGAAUAGGAAUUGCCUUGAAACCACGAGUUAUUCAUGAUAUUCAAUCUUCAGUCACAGAAGUUAUGUCCAAGUUGACUUCAAAGCUGAAGGAUUCCCCUGGGGUGUCAGCUACAUCAAAUCUUACAGCUGGUUCUUUGCCUACCAAUGGACAAACUCCCAAUGGUAUGCCCAUGGAUCUAGAAGUAGAGGCUAAGACAGUGGAAAGUAAUUUCCACCAUACUUCAAGCAAUGAAAUAUCGCAAGUACAACCUACUCAUGGCUUGCAUGGCCAGCAUGGGAUGCAGCCUGAGACAAUAACAGGAAGUCGAACUGAAAAGGUCAUUGCCAAUUUUCUACAGAGUCCCCUGUUCCAGAACAAUACAAAAACGGACAUCAGGGAUGCUGCGGUAAAUUUGCAUGGGAUGGAUAACGUCCUUCAGUUGAUACUGAAGCACCAGAGAGUUAUUGACGAACUCCGGGAUGAGAAUGAAAAGCUACGUCAAGUGCUCAUAGAGGAACUUAAGGUUUCACCAACUAAAUUACAACUGGGUCGAGAAAAUGGAGUUAAGGCAUAUUAUCCAUGCUCGGAGUGUUUUGACUGCCGACGACGAAGUCGGAAAUCGAACAGAUAGUAGUGCAUUGCCUCCAGUUACUUGUAGCAAAGUUUUUCUAUUUAUCCACUAGCUGAAGAUUUCUAGAGCAUUAGUAGUAACUGGCAGGCAAACACUUUUUGUUCAGGCAUAAUUUUGCCAUCCAUCUGGUGUACAUUUAUCUGUUGGUCCUUUGACUGGUAUUGUUUUGAUUGGAUUGGACCUAAAUUAAUGGUGAAAUUUCAUAAACUUGAAGAAAGUUUACUCAUAUGGAAA